AUGGGAAAUGGAGAAGAACACAAAUUAGAAGCGCAUAAGAAACUUCUGAUUUGUCUCGUAAUCAGCUCUUCUUCUCUCGGACUCAUUCUCCUCUUUUGUUUAGCCUUCUGGGUUUAUCGUCGGAAGAAAUCUCCCAAUUCUUCUAUCAAGAAUUCAGAUGCUGAGAAUGGGAAUUCAUUUUCCUUGUUUAUGAGGCGAUUAAGCUCGAUUAAAACUCAGAGGAAAACAUCUAUCAACAAGGAUUAUUAUGUUCAGUCUUUCGAUUUCAAGACGCUGGAGAAAGCAACAGGUGGUUUCAAAGACAGUAAUGUUAUCGGAGAAGGCGGUUUCGGAUGUGUUUACAAGGCUUGUUUAGACAGCAACGCGAAAGCCGCGGUUAAAAAGAUCGAAAACGUUAGCCAAGAAGCGAAACGAGAGUUUCAGAAUGAGGUUGAGUUGCUGAGUAGGAUCCAGCACUCGAACAUUAUCUCAUUGUUGGGAUCUGGAAGUGAAAUCAACUCAAGUUACAUAAUUUACGAGCUGAUGGAGAAAGGAUCAUUAGAGGAACAGUUACAUGGAACUUCUCGUGGAUCAGCUCUAACAUGGCAUAUGCGUAUGAAGAUUGCUCUAGAUACAGCUAGAGGACUAGAGUAUCUCCAUGAGCAUUGUCGUCCACCAGUUAUCCACAGAGAUUUGAAAUCGUCGAAUAUUCUUCUUGAUUCUUCCUUCAAUGCCAAGAUUUCGGAUUUCGGUCUUGCAGUAUCGGUUGGGGUGCAUGGGAAGAACAACAUUAAACUUUCAGGGACACUUGGUUAUGUUGCCCCGGAAUAUCUCCUGGAUGGAAAAUUGACGGAUAAGAGUGAUGUCUAUGCAUUUGGGGUGGUUCUUCUUGAACUCUUGUUGGGUAGGCGGCCGGUUGAGAAAUUAACCCCAGCUCAGUGCCGGUCUCUUGUGACUUGGGCAAUGCCACAACUUACCGAUAGAUCGAAGCUUCCAAACAUCGUGGAUCCGGUUAUAAAAGAUACAAUGGACCUUAAGCACUUAUACCAGGUAGCAGCCAUGGCUGUGCUGUGCGUGCAGCCAGAACCGAGUUACCGGCCGCUGAUAACCGAUGUUCUUCACUCACUUGUUCCAUUGGUUCCGGUAGAGCUAGGUGGGACUCUCCGGUUAACAAGAUGA